AUGGCCCCAAAAAUUCUAUCCAGCCUCCUCCUAGCGAGCCUCGCGGCCGCGGUCGUCUCGGCGCGCAACUGCAAGAACCUGACGAUCCCGCUCUCGCUCUCCGCGCAGAAUAUGGACUUCACGCUUAAGGCGCCGGCCAACGAUAUCGAAGUCACCAACUUCGUCUUGAACUCCGGUCGGGCGGGUGCGAACUACGCUGACGAGAUACUAAGCGAAAACAAGGCAACUACUCCAUCGCCGCAACCUACUGCGAGCCCGACGCGGGCCCGGGCCGCACGCUGCAGAUUCUCACUCGCAACAAACCCCCUUUAUUCUCGCCAAGCAAAAUCCAUCCCCUCGCCCCUUUCUCAGAGAGCCAUACCGGAUUCUUCUCCGGCAGACAAGAGCUACAAACCCAACCCAACCCAACCCAAUCUAUAUACUAACAUCCAUCCCCCACCCCCAGACGGCGCCGCCUUCGACCGGACAUACUGGGACUUCCCCUUCCACGCCUACAACUACAGCUACGCCAACGCCGCCCUAGCCCGGAACUACAGCGUAUUCUUCUUCGACCGCCCUGGCAUCGGCGAAUCCACGCGCGGCGACCCCGUCGCCGCCAUCCAGUCCAGCCUCGAGCUAUCCGCCCUGCGCGCGCUGACCGCGAAGCUCCGCCGCGGCAGCGUCCGCGGCAUCAGCGCGCGCUACGAGCGCGUCGUGCACGUCGGCCACAGCUACGGCUCCGCGCAGACCUACGCCCUGACAGCCGCGCACCCCGACGACGGCACGUCCGACGCCGUCGCCCUGACGGGCUUCAGCCAGGGGCUGGGGACGUACGUGGGGAACUUCCUGUUCGGGGGCAACUUCGUGCUGGCGGGAGCUGGCUACGGGCCCGGGUACAUUACGUGCGGCGACGUCUCGGCCGUGCAGACUAAUUUCUUCGCCCCGGACAACUUCGACCCGGACAUCCUCCAAGCAACUUACGCGACGAGCGCGCCGACCGCCGUCGGUGAGCUGUUGACUAUCGGUAGCCUGACGACUACGAAUAAUAGCUUUACUGGACCUGUUCUUGUUAUUACGGGAGAGCGCGACGGUGCAUUCUGCGGAGGCAACUGUUACGUGUCCGAGCCCAGCAUCCCUGACCAGACGGGGAAUUCCUUCACUAAUACAACUUCUUUCGAGGCUUUUGUUGUUCCCGGUGCUGGCCACGGCCUAAACUUGGAGUAUACCGCGCAGGCGACAUACGCCAAAAUCCUCGACUUUUUUGACAAGAGCGUUUAGAGUUAGAUACAUGUCGCCUUUAGUAUCCUAUGGAGGAUUGUAUUAUCUAUAUAGAGUCAUAGAGAAGCUCAAUUAAGCAAAGAUGCCACCACUUGAUCUCCAUUUUCCCCAUCCGGUGAUCCAGUGAUUGCUUCCAUGAGUCCAAACGUACAGGAAAGGCUUCGCAAACUAGAACAAAGAAAGUAUCUUGAAGUUCAUUGUUGAAUGCCCUAUUGCCGUUGUAAUGAUAAUAUCAGCCGCAAAACCUGCUUAGUUUGGACUCCUUUAGAAACCGCCAUAAGUAUCGAUGAUAUUAUCGAAAGAUAUCUACUCGUCGUCGAUAUCAUCUUCA